AUGAAUGAUUUAUCCAUUGAAAUGCAAGAUUCUGAUCUCAACUCCAUUCAGAGAAAUAGAAUAUCCAAAAUUUACUCCUUAUCAGAAUUACUUAAAACAAACGAGUUUAAGGAAAAAGAGGAAGUUUCAAUUAAUUCAAUUACUCUGGAAGAUAUUCAGAAACUAAAUUCGGAAACUGUAUCAGAUCAAAAAAACGACCAAGAAGGUCAAAAAGAAUACCAUCUUGAAUUUAUCAAAGCAUUAAAAACUGGUAAUCUCAAUAAUACCGAAAAUACAAAGCAAUAUCUCAAUCCUUCAGCUUCUCAAUCAGAAUCAAAAUAUGAUUUCGAUGAUAAAUUUGAAUUUUCUGAUCAGGACAAUGAUUACUUUGAAGAAGACGAUGAUCAGAAUGAAAGUUAUUCAUUAGGUCAUUUGAAUCCAAGCAUAAGUAAAAUUGAUGAACUUCUUUCUCUUGAUAAGAAGAAAAGAAUUCCUGAAAUAUACCAUGAUCAAUUUAAUUAUCCGCCAAUCAUUAAAAAUUAUUAUAAAGAAGUCAAUGAAAUUAAAAAACUUAAACAACAUGAAGUUGACCAUAUUAGAAUUACCAAUAACGGUAUCCAUAUUAAAAAAAUUAAAAAUAUUAAUAAAACUUCAACUGACCUAAAUCAGCCAUAUUCUUCUAUUAAGCCAAUAUUAAACUUUUCACAGUGUGGAUUACCACUUCCAAUCCAUCAUUACCUUAAAAAAAAAGAUAUAAUUAAACCAUUUCCAAUUCAAAUGCAAUCAAUCCCAAUAUUAAUGUCUGGAUAUGAUAUGAUUGGUAUUGCAGAAACUGGAAGUGGGAAAACCUUAGCUUAUAUCCUUCCCCUUUUAAGACAUGUACUCGUACAGUCAAACAAUAAUUAUCCAUUUAAUCCAGAAACGAAUAUCCAAAUUAAUAAAAAUGCUAACAUAGUUAGAGCAAUGAUUAUCAUUCCAACCAGAGAACUUGCUCUACAAGUAUAUAAACAGACUACUCAGCUUGCAAAUCUUGUCGAUCUUACUACCAAUAUUAUCUGUGGUGGGCUUAGCAUUAGUCACCAACUUAAUAAAAUUAGAUCAGGUUCAGACAUUAUCAUUGGAACUCCUGGUAGAAUUAUUGACAUUAUGGCUCUCUUACAUAAAAAAAUCAUUAUAUUUCAAUUUAUUUCGUUUUUAGUAAUUGAUGAAGGUGACCGAUUAUUUGAUAUGGGUUUUGCUCCCCAACUUCUUAGUAUUAUAAGUAUUAUAAGACCUGAUAGGCAAAUUGCAAUAUUUUCUGCAACUUUUCCAAAUAUUAUUGAACAAUUUACAAAUAAAAUACUUCAUAAUCCAAUACAAGUGAUUGUUGGGAAAAAAGGUCAAAUGAACCAAAAUGUUAAACAGUAUAUUGAAUUACUUAAUAAUGAAAAUGAUCAAUUUCUGAGAUUACUACAACUUCUUGGUGAAUGGGCUGAAUUCGGACUUAUUGUCAUUUUUUGUAAUAGACAAACUGAUGUAGAUGAGUUAUUUGCCAAACUUAUUCCUUUUGGUUAUAAUUGUCUAACUUUACAUAGUGGUCAAGACCAUUAUGAUAGGCACUCCAACUUAACAACUUUUUCAAAGACAAAUAUUAACUCCAAUCCACCUCCUCCAUCUGGUCAAAACAUUCUUAUUGCAACUUCAAUAUUCUCAAGAGGACUUCAUGUAGACAACAUUCUGCUUGUAAUAAACUUUGGGGCUCCCCAUCAUAUUGAGGAUUACAUUCACAGAAUUGGAAGAACAGGGAGAGCUGGAAAUUUUGGUACUUCUUUUACUCUCUUAUUACCAAAUGAAAUACCUCAAUCUUUUGAUUUAAUUGAGCUUGCUAUGAAAUACUCCAAUAAUAAUACUUCAAAUAGACAUGUUACUGGGAAUUUAAAGAGUAAUGAUGGCAAUAAUGGUAAUAGCACUAUUAUUGACAGCUUUGGUGAUGAAGAUAGCACCAUAAUUAUUCAACCAGAAAUUAUCCAGCUUUACAAUGAGCUAAUCCAAAAGAAUAAAAACACUUCUUCAAUAUCCAGUAACACCUCAGCAAAAAAGAGAAUCCGGAACUUUGGGUUUGGAGGUAAAGGAUUCAAAUUCUCAAAAAAUGAAAAAAGCUCGCUUCAGCUUCUUAAAGAUGAUACUAAAAAGGCACUUGGGCUCAUCCCUGAUACAAAUAUAACCGAGGAACAAAUCUUUAUUAGUUCGAACUAUGAUGAUGAUGCAAACAAUAAUAAUAAAAACUCAAUUUCUGAUUUCAAUUUACCACCGCAUUCUGAAACAAGUCAAAUUACAGAAGCUGAAAAAGCUUUACAACUUGCAGCUAUAAACGCCGCAAAGCUUAACAGUACAUGUAAUAUCCAAAACCCAAAUAUAAUUAGUGUCACUGAUCAUAAUAAUCCCAACUCAAUCACUAUUCCAAAUAAUCUUCAUCAAGUAAUUAACGGGAGAGUCAUUGGAAUAUUUGAAAUUAAUGACUAUCCUACUCAUAUAAGACAAAAAAUAGUCCAUAAAGAUAUCAUUAAAUCCAUAAAUGAUAACUGUGGGGUUACUUGCCAAGUUAAAGGUAUAUAUAUUCCUCCAGAUUCUUCCAGCCCAUCAACUAGCUCAGUUCAUAUCAGCGAGAAGAAGAAGUUAUAUAUUGAAAUUAACGGGCCAAACCAUCCAAAGGUCCAAAAAGCCAUUCACGAAAUUAAUCUUAUCAUUUCUUCUAUCAAACAACAAUCAAACAUUAUAAAGCCAUCAUUUACUACUGGAAAGUAUACUCUUUCAAAUCUUAUAAAAAAAUAA